UACGGAUUUAUAUUCGCUAAAACUGUGACUAUUAAAUUAAUAUUUUGUCCUUUUAUUAGAUCAAUAUAAAGUCUUAUACUAUUUGUUGCAGUUAUUUUCGAAAAGCUGUGUGUAGUAAAAAGGUUGUAUCACGUGUUUGCCGCAAUCGUGUAUGUGAAUUUUUACAGAAAAAUGCCUAAAAAGCGAGCACAUCACGGAGCUUUUAAUGUUGGUUUGGAGUCGGUCCAAAAGAAGAUUACUAGUAAAAAUUAUUGGUCUAAUAGUAUUUGGAUGGAGUUAAUAGCUACGGAGUUAUUUAACGAUAUUUCAAAUGACAGUAAUUAUUGCGAACACAAUAAUUCAAACAAUAAUAUUGCCGAGACUCAUGAGAAACAGCGUGUUGAAGAAAUUGAAAAUUCAAAAUUAGAUAUAAAGAAAGAACUAAUUAAUAAAAAUACAACAGACGUAAACUUUGUAUUACUAGAUACACAAAACUAUAAACAGAGCGGAAGAUUGAAUAAAAAUGAUAAUGAUAAUAUUAGUGACGCAAUAGAAGUGAGGCACAGCAAUAAUACACAAGGGGAAAUAGCUCAUAAUAAUAAGAAAUAUUUUGAUAUAAAUACAUCAAAAACUUCCUCAUACAAUGAACAUCAAGAUAGGUUUUCCUCGUUUACAACAGACGAUAGCGGUAUCGAAAGUUCAAACUCAGUUUUUACAGAAAAUGAAGGUAGUUUCGUUAAAAAUAACAUGAUUCUGACAGACUUAACAACAUGUGUCAAAGGAGUUUCUGCCGAUGACUGCCUUAAUCCACCAGAUGAAGAGUAUAACGUCUCAAUAGAAAGCUGUUAUAAGAGCAAUUAUAGAAAAUUAAGUUUUGAGUAUAGCAAAAAAUUAAAUUCUGAAAUUGAUUCAAUAUCACUUCCUAAAAUUACAAAUUCAUCUACUUUAAAAUGUGGUAAAAAUUGUCAAGAUUAUAAUGAAGUUCCAAAGAAGAAGUACUUUGUUUCAAGAAAAAGUAGAGAGGUUUUCGUCAGCGAAGCAUCACCGAUAAUCGAAGGCGAAUUCGAACAAUCUAGAAGAGUGACGAGACUUUUGGUGAAAAAUAAUGUUCCUAUACCGGCAAAACAUAUAAAUAAUACUCCAGGAAAGUUGGUCUGGGGAUAUUUCAGAAGUGGAUGGUGGCCUGCAAUUAUUAUUAAAGCCGAAGACGCUGGAAUGAUUUCUACAGCUGGAAAAAUUUGGGUUUCUUGGGUUGGUGAAUCACUUAUUUCGGAGUUACCUAUAAAAAAUGUGGAUUUAUUUUCGAGUAAGUUAGACAUACGAUUAAAUAAUUUAGCAACUAAGUCAAAAAUCAAAGCAACAAGCAAGAAGCAAAGGGAAGUUGCAUGCUUAAAAACUAUUCAGUUAUUAAGGAAACAUUUUAAUAGUGGAGCUUUAGUAAGACCAUAUAUUUCAUGGAUAAAAAACAAUAUUGUUCCUCAUAAAGAUAAGCUGGAUGAACUACUUUUUUAUCCGUAUCCAGAAAGUCUUUCAGAAAGAUUAAGCAAUUUGAAGCAUGUAAAUUUUGAAAAAAAUGAAAAAUACUUACGUCAGAAAGAAAAAGAAAGAUUGAGUAAGGCAACGGAAACUAAGAGUUCAAUGAAAAGAAUUGAGAAAAUUGAAAAACCUGUUGAUGAAGGUGGAAUAAAUAUUAUAGAUCAAAAACCAGGAAUGAUUGUAUGGGCUAAAAUGCCAGGCUAUAGUUUGUGGCCAUGUGUUAUUAUGAAUUAUCAGCAUUUGAAUCGAAAGCAACCCCACGUGGCACAUCAAUGGGUUAUGUGGUAUGGAGAUUACAAGUAUUCUCAAGUUGAAUACAGACAAAUACUUGUAUUUUCAAUGGGUAUGGAAAAAAUGGAGAAUAAAAUUCAGACAAUGAAGGAUGAUCUAUUCUGCAAAGCAGUUCUUCAAGCAUCCAAAGACUACUGUGAGAAAUUGGGAUAUUUGACAGAGCCGUGGAAAAUAAACGAUGUUAUUAGUCUUUUUUACAAAUCGAAAGAUAGAUUUAAGUUAAAAAAUAUAUUAUCCAAUGAACCAAACGAUGAGGAUCUCUAUUCUCAAACUAUCAAAAAGCAAUUGAGAAAACAGAUUAAUAAUCAGCCUGUGAGUGAGGAAAGAAAACGGCAAAUAUUAAAUUGUAAAAAUUUAAAACUCGUGCUUUCAAAAAAAUGCCCUUUAGAUUCCUUAUGUAUAACCUGUUUUGAAUCUAAUGAUGAAUUAGAAGAGCAUCCAUUCUUUUACGCAUCAAUGUGCAAUAAAUGCUUGGAAGAGUUUAGACCGAAAGUUUUUGCUUAUGGAAAUGAUAGUAAAUGCUUUUAUUGUACUCUAUGCGGUGGUGAAGAUUUGGUUGCAAUGUGUGACAGUAUGAAUUGCCCAAGAGUAUUUUGUACUGCUUGCAUUAAAUAUAUCAUUUGCCCAGAUUUUUACGAAGAAAUUUUAUUGAAGCAUCCUUGGUACUGUUUUCUUUGCGAUCCUGAUUCGGUAUCAUUUAAAGACAGUGUAAUGAAAAUUCGCUGUGAUUGGAGAAAACGAAUAAUUUCCAUUUACCGAUUAAAUUGCGAUGACAAAUCGCUUUCCAAUUUAGAGCGUCUCGAUCGGAAUAGAAAAAUAAGAGUCUUAUCGUUGUUUGAUGGGAUUGGAACUGGACUGACUGUAUUAAAAAAGUUGAAUGUAAAUGUCGAGUGCUAUUAUGCAAGUGAAAUAGAUCCUGAUUCAAUACAAGUCACCUUUUUUAAUCAUGGCAAUGAAGUUGUACAGUUAGGUGACGUCAGAGAUAUAGAUGAGAAAAAAAUUAAAGAAAUUGCUCCUAUCGAUUUGUUAAUUGGUGGGUCGCCCUGUAACGAAUUAAGCUUGGCAAAUCCCAAAAGACGAGGGUUAGAUGAUCCAGAAGGAACAGGUAUACUUUUCUAUGAUUAUUGCCGAAUUAAGAAGCUUGUGAAGAAAUACAACAAGAAAUGUCAUUUGUUUUGGCUUUUUGAAAAUGUUGCUUCAAUGCCAAAGAAAUUUAGGAUCCAAAUUAGCGAAAAUUUGGGACGUGAACCGAAAUUUUUAGAUUCUGCGGACUUUUCUGCACAGCAUAGGCCCAGAUUAUACUGGGGAAACCUACCCUGGGGUCCAUACCAAAUUAAUGAUGUGAUUUUACAAGACGUUUUAAGAAAGCAAUGUAAUCGACAGGCACUUGUAAAGAAAAUAAUGACAGUUACUACGAGGACGAACUCGUUAAACCAAACUAAAGAAAAUUUGAAGCCAGUGCUAAUGGAUGGCAAGAAAGACGGACUAUGGGUAACGGAGCUCGAGGAAAUAUUCGGCUUCCCCAUGCAUUACACGGAUGCUAAUCUCCAAAAAACGCGAAGACUCCAACUCAUCGGUAAAGCAUGGAGCGUACAGACUCUUACUGCCAUUCUUCGUCCUGUAUUUUAUUUGUAAUCUUAGAUAAAAGAAUAAUAGAAGUUGGUGAACUACUUGAAAUAU